AGGAGGAAGUGAGGCUUUCCUCCUGCCUUCCCGGGGCUGGGGGCUGUGCUGGGCAGCCUUAGCGGGAUCCUUGGUGCCUGAGGCUGCUCCCAUCCCGACUCCGUGCGUGUUGCUUUGGAGGCGUGCCUCGUUCAUUGUACUUGGGACCGCAGCCAAGCAGGAGUCUGCUUCGGACCGCAGCCUUCCCUCUGUCGUGGCCUUCCGGAUCCUGCAAGGAUCCGAAAGUGCUCUCUGUGCGCGUGCUUGUGUGGGGGAAGGUGAGGUCCGGCCUUGCAUGGCGGUGACCUGAGCGGCAUCUUCUGCCGGUGAGGCUUGGCAGGCUGCUUCCUGCUUCUCUGAUCCCGCCACCACCUCCUUUUCUAUGAUGAACAGGAUCCAGCUGAAGCGAUCUGGGAUUCUCAAGAUGGCCCUCAGUGGCUCCUCCGAUCUCCUGCUCCAGCAGAAAGAUGGUGAGAGUAGUACCAGGCAGCCCUCGUUCCUGCUUAGGGCCCUACGGAUCGCCACGGUGGUCUCGCUCUACUGGUUUAUUUCCAUCACCAUGGUCUUCCUCAACAAGUACCUGUUGGGCAGCCCCUCGCUGCGCCUUGACGCCCCGCUCUUUGUGACGUUCUACCAGUGUUUUGUCACCGUCCUCAUCUGCAAGGUGCUGAGCCUUCUGGCCUCCUGCUGUCCCCCAAGCUGCCUGGACUUCCCCUCCAUCCGCAUGGACCUCAAGGUGUCCCGCAGCAUCUUGCCCCUCUCCGUGGUCUUCAUUGGCAUGAUUACCUUCAACAACCUGUGUCUCAAAUAUGUCGGAGUGGCUUUCUACAAUGUGGGUCGCUCCCUCACCACUGUUUUCAAUGUGCUGCUUUCUUACCUGCUGCUGAAGCAAACCACUUCCCUCUAUGCCUUUUUGGCCUGUGGGAUAAUUAUAGGUGGUUUCUGGCUUGGUAUAGAUCAAGAGGGAGCGGAAGGUACUUUGUCUUGGGCUGGUAUAGUCUUUGGUAUCCUGGCCAGCCUCUGUGUCUCCCUGAAUGCUAUUUACACUAAAAAAGUCCUCCCUGCUGUGGAUGGCAGCAUCUGGCGCCUGACUUUCUAUAACAACAUCAAUGCCUGCAUCUUGUUCUUGCCAUUCAUAUUUCUUUCUGGCGAAUUCCAGACGCUCUACCACUUUGAUAAGUUAGGAAGCAUCUACUUCUGGGGCAUGAUGACCCUGAGUGGGCUGUUUGGAUUUGCCAUUGGAUAUGUGACAGGACUCCAGAUAAAAUUUACAAGCCCUCUAACACAUAAUGUCUCUGGGACGGCCAAGGCAUGUGCCCAGACAGUACUAGCUGUCUGUUAUUAUGAAGAAACCAAGAGCUUUUUAUGGUGGACUAGCAACAUGAUGGUUCUAGGUGGCUCCUUUGCCUACACGUGGGUGAAAGGGCUGGAAAUGAAGAAAGUCCAGGAGGAACCUGUUCCAAAAACAAAUGAGAAAAAUGAGACUGGUGUCUAAAUUAAUCCAGCCUGCACCUCACUGUAUGCCUGCCUUGUCUCCGAGUGUGCAUGGAAUUGUGCAUUAUUGGAAAGAUAGACAAGGUUUGAGGACUGCAAGGCAGGAAGAUCCUGUGACUUGAAAGCAGUGGGAGCUGGGAGCAGAGCCAAAGUCUUCCACAUGUACAGAGCCCUUGCUGCAGUAAUCAUGGUAAAAGGGGAAAGGGUGUGACGUAUAGAAGGUGACACAAUGGUGGUGGUGAGAUGGUUAGCUUCAAUGAAUACCUCUGUGUCUACCAAGGCACUUCUUUAAAUGGCUGUGGUCCCCUGUAGAUUCUACCUAUGUGUAAUUGAUUUUCCCCUUGAUAAAGGAAGGUAUGUUCUUUUUAACGACCAAUGAAUGCUCGAUGGGUUGUAGCUUUAUUUGUCCAAGUUGGGAGUAUGUUGUGUGAGUAGGUGCAUCUUUUUAUUACUUGGCAUCUUGCCAAAUAGUCUGAGCGUAUUUAAGGGGAGACCUCUCCUAAGAGCUAGUCUCUUGGCCCACUAAGGAUAAUCAUGGUUGGUUGUUAACACUUCUGCCCCUGUGGGACCUGUUUGUAGCAAGAAAUAUAAGGGAGAGGCCUUGUAUUAGUGAAUGGAAUUAGUUUGGAAGCUCUCAAGAGUAUGUAUUAAAUGAAGGUUGAGGAGCAUUUCAGUACAUGCCGUUCUUUCCAGCAAGUUUAUUUUAAGGGGGGAAAUCUUUUCUCUUGUUUUUCUCACUAUAAUUGUCCUCAGCAGAAAGGAAGAUCAGUAUAAGAAGAAAGGGGCUUUGGAAUUGUCAUGACCUAGCUUCCUCAAAACUCAUGGACAAAUUCUAACUCGUUGAGUAAUAUUGUGAUACAACCUACUCACGUCUCCAAGAUUAUUAAUGUAGGAGGUAAUCAACUGCUGAGCUGACCUAUAUAUGUAAUAUAUUCUGAAGGAAGCAAAAAUGGCAGCAUGCCGUAAUUCUCAGCAGUGGGUUUCCUGGGAUUUUUUUAAUACUGUCUCUCUUGCUGAUUGAGCCACUGUGGGCUCUAAAAGCCCAAAUCUGAUUGGACCGCCACUUGCCACCUUGCCUUUUUAUUUUGUCGGUGGGAGUGGAUUCUCUCCACCUCAUCUCUGUCCCACUUUGCUGAUUUUGUACCAGGAAAUUAAUUUUGGCUUGUGUUGCUGGUUUGUCAUUAAACUUUAUUUAAUAAAAGUAUUAUUUGUCUUUGA